UUCUAGAAGUAGCAGGCAGUUUGGUUGCUAACUGAUCUGAAACUUGUGCUCUGCCUUGGAAAGAUCUGCGGUGGGAAACAUUCACCUUCACGUAUCCCACACUUCUCUACAUCAGCAGAAAGGGACUUCAUGUGCAAGAGUGGUUCGAGAUGAUGGUGUAACGUUGAUAACACUGAAGGUCUCCUGAGAAUAACUGACUUAGUAAGAGGUUUCUACCUCCUCUUCCUUUUUUUUUAAAUAACUUCCUCUCUCGGAAACUACAAGCAAGAUGCCAGCCAAGACACCCAUCUAUUUGAAAGCUGCUAACAAUAAGAAAGGGAAGAAAUUCAAACUAAGAGAUAUCUUAUCUCCUGAUAUGAUCAGUCCGCCACUGGGAGAUUUUCGUCACACCAUACACAUUGGAAAAGAGGGACAACAUGACGUUUUUGGAGACAUCUCGUUUUUGCAGGGCAACUAUGAGCUAUUGCCUGGAAAUGAAGGAGAAACCAGGCUUAGCCAGUCUGGCCACAAUGAGUUCUUACGGGCAAACAGCACUUCUGAAUCCGUGUUUACAGAAACUCCAUCACCAGUGCUCAAAAAUGCUAUUUCCCUUCCUGCCAUUGGGGGUUCUCAAGCCCUUACGUUGCCCUUAUUGUCACCAGUGACAUUUAAUUCAAAGCAAGAUUCCAUGAGGUCAUCCAGAAAUCCUAGGCUUAGCUGUGAGCCAGUAAUAGAAGAAAAAUUACAAGAGAAAAGUAAACAGAUGGAGGAUGGAGAAACAUACAAAGAUGACAUAUGGGAGCAAAAUGGUUCUUCUUCACAUUUUACUAACAGUAGAGACAGUAACUCAUCCAGCUUUUCUGAACGAUGCAGUGAUUGGCAAACAGUUGAUCUAUUUGAUGACAGUCAAUUUUCAUGUGAACUAACCAAGACAAAGACUAAGUCAGAAGAAUCCCUUUCAGAUCUUGCAGGCUCUCUUCUCUCGCUACAACUUGACUUGGGACCUUCACUUUUGGAUGAGGUCCUCAAUGUAAUGGACAAGAACAAAUCUUAGAACUGGUACUCCCUUGCUUCUUUUUUAAGUGAUUCACUUAAAAACAAACAAACAAAAAAUAGUUCAUAAGUAGAGACACUUAAAAAUCAGCUGUAUUUGCAGUUGUUUGACGGGUUUUCUAAAAAUAUUCUUAAAAUACUAUUUUUUUACUUAUCGUUUUCCAUGAUUUUUAUUACACUAAAUUCUCGCAGCAGGAAGGUAAAUUUUAAAUAACAAAUUUCAGCAAAUAUAAAAUGCUUUUCAGUACCAGUAUUAAUGAUCAGAAUCUUAAGAAGCAGUUUAAGGAUGAUACUGAUUGUGCCAUUUGGUUAGUUCACUUCUACGGGCUUCUGAAAAUAUGAAAAUCUCUAAGUGUCAGAAAGGAGACUGAUAUUAAUUAUUCACUUUUAUAAAUUAUUACAACAUCACUUUACAUGUAGGCCUCUUUCUAGAACCUUGUGUUUGAGGGUUUGAUAGUGUUUUUUUCUUCAUUUUUCUAUAGUACCAUUUCUGUUAUACCUUAACUGUAACUACUUUCUUGGUCUUACACUACAGCUCUGUACUCAGAUGUGAACAAUUGGAAGGCUUUUUCAGCUUGAACACCUGGUCCAGAGACUCAGCUGCUUUAAAUGAGUAUGCACAGAUUUACACAAGUUGAGGCUUGGGCCUGACAUUGUAUAUGAAAGGAUAUGUUGUAAACAGGUGACACAUGCAAGAUAUUGUGGUUAAAUUAUUUUAAAAGUUGCAAUAUAUUUUUUGUGUGCAUAUUGGCUUUUUGCUGCAGAGCCUACACAUACAAUAUCUCAUCAAAAUAGCUGCUUAGCAUUAUUGGUGCUCUUCUGAAAAUUGUAUAUUUGUGUGUUUGAAAAGAAAUAUGUAUUGAUACUCUUUUUUUUUUUCUUCAUUUAUUGCCACACAUGCUUAAACUUGCAACUGAUUUUAAUUUUUGAAGAAGGCACUGGUUAUUCACAAUGCUUGUGAUGUGUGCUGCAACAGCCAAUGUUUUGGGAAAUGUGGAUCCUUUAAUACAGUACCUACCUAGAUUGCAUAGAUAUCUUGUGCAAUACAAUAAAAAACC